GACGCGUCUUGUAUUCACAGUCGAGUCUGCAAGCUAGUAGAGUUGGGUAAGGUUAGGUGUUGUCUGAGGCGGCAGGAUGGGCGUAUCAGAUUUACACUUUGAUACAAAUGGAGGACCUGUGGUUGAUCUUUCAGCCCGGGGUAUGCAAAAGCUGGAUCCCAGUUUCAUGUGCUCUGAGGACACUCACACUCUCAUCCUGGACCGUAACCACAUCAUGAAACUGGACCAUCUCGAAAGGAGCCCAGGCCUCCAGCAGCUUUCUGUAGCCAAUAACCGUCUGGUGAGAAUGAUGGGCGUGUCUCGGCUAACGGAGUUGAAAGUCCUCAAUCUUCCCAAUAACAGUAUUGGUUACAUUGAGGGGCUAAGAGAUCUUCCAAACCUUAAAUGGCUUAACUUGUCUGGAAACAAUAUUAAGGUCAUUGAGCAGCUCAACAACUGUGUUUCCCUUCAACACCUGGAUUUGUCUGAUAACAACAUAUCUAGUAUCGGUGAUCUGACUAAACUGGUGGCUUUAAAGACGCUUUUACUUCAUGGGAACAGCAUUACAACACUUCGUACAGUUCCUGCGCACCUACCCCCUCACCUAUCCAUUCUCUCCCUGGCAGAAAAUGAGAUAAGGGAUCUCAAUGAAGUGUCAUACCUGGCACCUCUCCAUGAACUGGAGCAGCUGUCGAUUAUGAGCAACCCCUCUGUUAUGGCAACUCCCUCAUUGCCAGGGUUUGACUAUCGGCCAUAUAUAAUGAGUUGGUGUCUGAGCCUGAAGGUCCUGGAUGGCUACGUAGUGUCUCAAAAAGAGAGUCUCAAAGCAGAGUGGCUGUACAGUCAGGGCAAAGGUCGUUCAUAUCGACCAGGACAGCACGUACAACUGGUUCAAUACCUCGCCACUGUUUGCCCUCUGACCUCAUCGCCGGCUCUGGAGACAGCAGAAGAUGCCAAACUGGAGAAGAUCCUGAGUAAGCAGAGGUUUCACCAGAGGCAGUUGUUAGAGGAGACCCAGGGAGGCUGUGCAAGCCCUCCUCGCCCAACUCAGCUAGAUGUAGAGAAGCACAGUCCUUCACAUGCAGUCCCACAGGGGGGAGCCAGAGAGGUGAAGAAAGUCAUUGCAGCAUCACCAGCUGCUGUUUCAUUAGCCCGGGAAACAGAGCCAGUCAUGCAGUUUAACACCUGGAUGAGCUGUGACUCAUCCCAUCCACAACUGCCAGUAGUUCGCAGCCCAAGACACCAAGAGGAGCACAUCUAUUUGGAGGAUGUGCAGACUGAUGAGGAAAAACUUAAUGGCAGCAUGCUUUCCUCAGAGUCCACCUUUUUGCCCUUCACGUCUGACCUGGAGCCACAGCAGACUCACUCUGACAGCGAGGAUGAGACAGCAACAUUUGAACCUGACUCUCUGGCCCCUAAGCAGCCGGUGCAGCCCAAAAAGCACACCACCAACAAGACACAUCAUUCACCUCCAGCGGAUAAGCCCAAAAAGGGGACUCUAGAAGAAGAAGUGGUUUCUGGUGCAGCCACACUAGCUGGCUCACUUGUGGUCAGAGGUAGCACACCACAAAAUGAUGCAGAAACAUCCUCUGAUUUCGGUAAAGCAGAAAUAAAUGAAGCCCCCAAGCAAGAGGAGCAUCUUAGUUGUGCCACUAAAUCAAGUUUAGUGGAAGCAGACAGUGCAGCUGUUAAAAUACAGUCAUGGUGGAGGGGACAGUACACUCGCUGUUGUCACACAACGGCCAAAGAGGUGCGCAGUGAAAUCCGCCUGCGCAGGAUGCAAGAACACAUUCUCUCCCUUUCUGAAAAGUUGGACAGAGCGCAGAAGCAAUAUGAGGAGGAAAGGUUACAAAGGCUGGUUCAGGAGGAGGCUGUGAAGUUUCUGUGGAAACAGGUCCAGUCGAUGCAGCAGUGGAAGCAGUCUGUAGAGCAGCAGCUGGCUAGCAUCUCUCAGGCUGUUACCCCAGCUCAGAUCUCAGCUCCUGUACUCUGUGAGGUGGCUCCACCUGUUGCAUCCAGCACCACAAACCCAGCCCACACAGACGUCUCCUUCCCAGACUCUGGUUUCCAGUCAACAAGUGAGCAGCAGGCAGCACAGGAAGACAGCUUCCUGAGCAGCGGGACAGCAGACUCUCUGAAGACGGUGCGAGCACUGAGCCCCGUUCAUAGUGGCUUUGCUGGAGGAGUGGAUGGUGUGGACAGCGCAGACUGCAGCCUGCUGGAGCAGUACCUCUCCUCUGUCCAGCAGAGGGAGGAAGAGGCUGAGGACUUUAUCAGUGAUAGAACACAAACAACACAGCCCUCCUCACCAGUCUCCCCUAGCAAAGCAGCACAGCCCAGCUCCUCACCACAGAUGACAGCAGAGAACCAAUCAGAGGUGCAAAGAAUGGAUGAAACCACUGCUGGCCCUGACUGAGAAACUGCAUAUGAAAAAACUCUGUACAGAACUACUGAGUGUGUUUAAAAUGGCACUGACCUUAGGAAUAAAAUGCUUUUCAUCUUCUUGAGCACAUCUGAAAAAUAUACCUAGUUUGAGAAGUCACCCAGAUCUCAAACAGUGCACUUACUUCCCUUUGUUUAUCAAGUCUGUGGGUAGUUAGCUGAACACAGGACAGGCUUGAAAAACGAUAGUUUACUGUGAAUGUAACUCAUGUUUUUUUAACACUUAACUACUCGGAUCUCUUGGGUUAUUUAAUGGAUAAGUCACUUUUGUGUAAAGACAAUGAUUGUAGUGUAGCUUCAGAAGUUAUGAGAAACUUGAGGAAGUAGUUAUUUUAUGAUCACAUAUAGUUAUUAGGUUGCUACCUCUAUUGAUGAAAAGACCAGGCAUGGUGUGACAACCUGUUCUCUUUAUUGACAUAAAAUACUAAACUGCAAUAAAUCUGACCUGUACAUGAUGUGAUAAAUGUAGUCAACUUGUAACAACAGGCUAUACUAUACAAGCAUACUGUUGUGAGAUGCAGUUUUAAUUGGCUGAACUGUUUUUAAUCAAUUUUAGAUUGCAUAAUCUGAUGGUUAACAGAACAAUGUUGUAGCAUCUUCAUGUUAUUAUGGAAAAUGUAAAUAAA